AUGCAGAGUCCUCAUACUUCUUCCCACACCCGCUCCUCCAGGCUUUCUUUACAACGCAAGAAACAGCUCAAGGCCGCUGCAAUUUUAGGCUUUGCUAUCCUCGCGCUCUUCUUCCUUUUAUCGCACUUCUCCCAUUCGACUAAAGCGUCAAUAUCCGCCCCGGCGGGAGCUUCAAGUAUUGUCAUUGUGACGGUUCUAGAUCGGGCCCGUUUCAGCGAUAACUACAUCCAGAAGAUCAUCAAGAACAGAGAGCAUUAUGCUAGUCGACAUGGCUAUACGAAUUUCUUUGCAACUCUGUCUGAUUACGAAUCCGCGCUGGACAACGCCCCGCGGAGCUGGGCAAUAGUCCCAGCGAUGCGCCAUGCAAUGGCAUCGCACCCUCAUUCAGCUUAUUUCUUCCAUCUCGAUACUCAUGCCCUGAUCAUGAACCCUGGCAAACCGUUAGAGUCUCAUAUUCUCGACAAGAAUCCCCUUCAAUCGAUGAUGCUUAAGGACGUUCCUGUUGUGCCGCCGGAUAGCAUCAUCAAGACCUUCUCGCACCUGAAGCCAGAGGACGUCGACCUAAUAAUCAGCGCGGAUAACGAGGACUUGAACCCCGGAAGCUUUGUGCUUCGCCAGGGCGACUUUGCGCGAUUCUUCCUUGACAUGUGGUUUGAUCCUCUGUAUCGGAAGUACAACUUUCAGAAAGCGGAGAUGCACGCUCUGGAUCAUAUAGUGCAAUGGCAUCCGACUGUCCUCGCGAGAAUGGCGCUCGUUCCUCAACGAAGUAUUAAUGCUUACAGCAAAGAUUCCCCUGCUGCUUCUGCCGAUGGCACUUACAAGGACGGAGAUUUGAUCAUCCGGUUUUUCGGAUGUGAUUCCGAUCCUAAGCGCAGUUGUGAGCAAGAGAUGGAACCGUACUACAACCUGUGGGCAAAGAAGUUGAAGAGUACAUAAGCAGCUUCCCUUCUCCUGGAUCGAUCUUCCUGAGAUUUUGCGCCUCGUUCUUUAUAUCUGUCUUCUAUUAUAGAUCGGUGUUCAUGGGUCUGGAUGGAGCUAUCAUUUCAAACGUUGGAUUUGGUUCACUAAUGGGAUUAUAUGAUGAGACUUCUCUUUUCCAUCGCUCCUUAUUCUAGCAACUAUUUGGCGUAAGGCAUAUCGGGAGUUUGCGAGCGCCUAAUGAAGAGCAUAUGUC